AUGUCCGCACGGAAGAGACCCCACGCCGACCUCACCGAUCCCUCAUUCCCAACAGUGACAACCAAACCAGACCAAAAUCUAACCAGCACAACCACAAACACAACCACGGUAGCCACGAGAUAUGCACCCUCGACGCCCCACGCAAUCCGCGCGCUACAAAUACGCAGCGGACUGAAGACACGAUCGGCACUGCGCAGCACACGACGCCGCGCAUUCGGCGACGCACUGAACACCAACGGCCAGGUCAAGACCACGGGCACUAACACCGAUCACAGGGGUAUUGGCAAUGAAGCGGCUCGCCUCAGCGGUGGAAGCAGCGUGGUGCGGCCGGACUCGGCGCGAGGGAUCCUGCGACGGCUCGCCAAGCUGACGGCCGCGACGAGCAAGCGGGUUGUUGCGACGCCUCUGGUGGGACGGGGGAGGGAUUAUGAUGACGAUAAGGAGAAUGCGAGGCCUGGAUCUGAUGAUGGUGUCAAGUUGAAGCGACCGAGGAUGGGGCUGGAUAUUGAGGAUAGUCUUGGGGAUGAUGAGGAUUCGUUGUUGCCGGUGCCGGAUGUGGGUGACGAUGAGGAGGAUAGUGAACUCCCGGUGGCGCCGACGCCGUCGAUUCUGCCGGAUGAUGGAGACGGGGGUUUCAAUGGACAUGGCGACCCAACCAUCACAUUCAGGUCGAUUGAUUUUGCUAGACAGGCAAGAAGGGAUGGUGAGAACAAUGGAGGGCGGAGGAUAUCAAGACUGUCCUUCCCUGUGUCGGAACCGCUGGGUGAUCCUGAUGGUGGAGAUGAUGAUCCUACGAUCCUCAGCGAAUAUGGACGCAGAGCCAUUAGUGAGGAGCCUACGGGACGACUAUCACGUUACAGUUUUGGGAGUAUCAGGAUGGACGAUUUUGGUUCGGAACCCGAGAUCAGACGCGAAUCCGACCAAGAGCGAGGCAAGGCUAAGCCUAUGGAGUUGAUGGAUGACUAUUUCGGAAUUGAAAUGGACGACCAAGACGAUCAGCCUUUAUUUUAUGCUGAAGGAACGGAGCGUCUCCAGAAUCUUCAGCGAUCACCCAGUAUUCUACCGCCAGAUGAGAGUACAAUCAAUAUCCCGCGUCUUGAUGAGAGCUUUCAACUGGAGCUACCAGACACUGGGGCAGUGGCGCUGCAUGCCAACCCAGAUGUCCCUCUGAGGGUGUCUUUGGACAACUCUGGCAUUGAGGUCCAGAAAGCCCUUGUGGAGGAAAAUGAGCCCGAUGCGUUACAAUCUGAGCAUACGGGCCACCUUACAACUGAUUCGGCACCAUUACGGACCUCCGCGCCGCGCCGGAAGAAGCUCAAAGCGACCCGUCAUGGUACAAUGAUACCAUCGUUGCCUUCGAGUCUCAUCAAGCGUGUGGCGAUCGAAGCACAAGCGAGACUCGGAAAUCGCAGGCCUCAACUUGGACGUGACCAUAUGAAGGCGCUUGAACAGGCCACGGAAUGGUUUUUUGAGCAAGUGGGAGACGAUCUGGAGGCAUACUCUGAUCAUGCUCGCCGAAAGAAGCGUGUGGAUACCAGCGAUGUGCUGAUGCUCAUGCGGCGACAGAGGGUUCUGAGAGGCCAGGGCGAGCUAGCCAAAGCAGCCAAGGCAGUGUUACCCAAGGAGGUGCUUGCGGAAUUGGAUAUUCCUGAUGAAUUAUGA